UAAUUCACAAUGAAAGUCUGCAUUACAUUGCGUGCAAGUUCGCUUUUAGCUGCCGUUUUGCCCCAUGAAGGUUAAUAGAUGUUCGACGAAAUCAACGCACUAGUAACACAAAUGACACACAAUGCACCACGAUAAUAAUUAAUAAACAUAAUAUAGAUACAAAAUGUACCUGUGACCUGUCCGUACCAAUGGACAUUCACUAAUCAAUUAAUUGCAGGCAACUAAAUGUUUUCCGAACUGCUGCACUAUAACUAGUUCGAACCGGUUUAAAUCAAGAACCACAUCAAAAUUAUAUGCACUAUGAUCUUCACUACGAUGCACAUAAAUCAUUUGAAACAAGCUCUUUUCUAACUGACCGUAGAUGACUUAUUCGCCGGAAAACAAAUCCAUAAUGAGAAUGUUAGUGAAAGAAAGUUUUCUUAGGAAGAGGGCAGCGGCAAGGAGCACGGCUGUCAGAUAGGAGAUACCCGUGCUGUUAUCGGGGGUGACGUAAGCGUGUGUCAGUAUAGUAGGGAGUUCGGCGGUUUCAGGCUAGACGGGUCGCAAACCGAGUCGAGCAGUAGAGAGAUGAGGGCGCGGCUGCUUUGCCUGGUGUUCCUUCUGGCGGCGUCGGCGCGCGCCGCUCGCCUGCUCGCCGUGCUGCCCACCAACACCAAGAGCCACCACGCCAUGUACGGCCGCCUGCUCGAGGCCCUGGCCUGGCGGGACCACCAACUUACUGUCAUCACGCAUUUCCCCAUGAAAAACCCACUACCCAACGUGCAACAAAUAAGUCUAGCAGGAACCAUACCCGAAAUAACGAAUAAUCUCACAAAACAACACAAUUCUAUUAAACCGGAUUUUAUCACGAACUUGGAACAGAUAAUGAAAGAAUGCGUCCAUGCGUGUGAAACUGUUUCUCGAGUGCCAGCUGUUAAAGCAUUGUUUAAUUCGACAGAGGCUUUUGACCUUAUCAUUGUGGAAGUCUUCGGAAGCGAUUGUUUUCUUCCUCUCGGCAAGAAGUAUGGAGCGCCCGUGGUCGGGUUCCUAUCGAGUGUACCACUGCCGUGGGUUAACGAACAACUCGGCAACCCUGAAGCCACGGCAUACGUUCCAUCCUACAUGGUUGGUUACGGCCAACGAAUGACGCUAUGGGAAAGAUUUGCUAACACUAUGGCGGUGAUCGCAGCUAAGCUUUUAUAUACGUACAAAUCACAAAUUCCAUCCCAGGUUAUAGCAGAUCGGCUCUUCGGUCCGGGUCCCAAGUUGGAGUCUUUAGCUCAGAACUACAGUUUGGUGUUAUCGAACAGUCACUUCAGCAUAAACGAAGUGCGCCCCCUAGUGCCCGCGCUCGUCGAAGUCGGCGGGCUGCACCUAGAGGACUCUCCUGUGCUACCCCGCGACAUGCAGAAGCUACUGGACGCGGCCACGGAAGGCGUUAUCUACUGGAGCUUCGGAUCAAUGUCCAGGAUCGAAACUAUACCGACCGACACCCUGUCUAAGAUAUUUGAUGUUCUGUCGGAGUUGCCACAGACUGUACUGAUCAAGAUGGAUCGCCGCAUGCUGGCCCAAAACAUCACCGUGCCAGAGAACGUUUACACAAUGGACUGGAUACCACAACAUGCAACUUUGUGUCAUCCGAACGUAAAGCUGUUUAUAUCUCACGGUGGUCUGCUUGGCACGCAAGAGGCGGUGGCUUGUGCGGUGCCUAUGCUCAUGGUGCCAUUGUACGCUGACCAAGCUCUUAAUGCACGCUCGAUGGCAGACCGUGGCGUUGCAGAAAUAAUCAAACUCAAAGAAACCGACAAGGACACAUGGAGAACACAUCUUCGAGCGCUGCUCACAGAUCCACAAUACAAAACCAAUGCUAUAGAAUUAAGAAACAUAUUCUUAGACCGGCCAAUGAAGCCAUUGGAUAUGGGAGUGUACUGGAUAGAGUAUGUUCUGAGACACAAAGGGGCGCAGCACCUGCGGUCGCCGGCGCUCGACCUCAGCCUGCCGCAGUACUUGCUCCUAGACGUCAUAGCUCUCAGCACAGCUAUGGCGCUCCUCACGAUAUUCAUACUACACAAGCUCUUCAGAUACCUCUGCACAAGGUGUAUCAAAUGGUGGCCAAAAGAAAAACUAGUCUUCGAAAAAAGACUACUCAAGAGGAACAUUAGCUUUUUUCUGUGUAUAUUGUGGAAGUAUAAAGUGAAACCUAAUUAAUGAGUGCUAUGAAAAUAGAUUGAAAGAACUCAAUGUAUUAUGUAGGUUUAAAUGUUAUUUUGUAAGAUAUUUAUAAAUGAAUUUGAACUGACUCACAGUUACUGACAACUCUUGAUCUAAGAUUUGCAACUGUCGAAGCGAGAAGUAAAUAGGCGCAGUGUCGUGCGCUAUCUCGCCUUUCAAAUAGCAACAGUCCUUGAAGAACUCUUAAUACAGGCACUGUUUACUGAUUACUUUAAAAAGUUUUAAGACUUAUAGGCAUUAUUAUUAUUGUCAUCAAGGCAGGGUACAACAAUAAAUUGUUACUUUGAUAGAUGAAAUAAAUAAACUGAGAAGUUAUUUCAUAUAAAAUGGUGAUUAUAAUUCAAGUAGUUUUAUUUUCCCUGUCCAAAUUCCUAAAUAACUCAAUUAAGAUACAAUAACAUUUUGUAGACCUUCAAUUGUUUUCAUAUUUCUGUUUUUGUUCUGUUAGAGAAAUGUUGUUAUCUCACCCUUUUUGACUAGAAAUAUGAUAAUAAUGUAGAUGUAAAAUUUCUUGCAAAUUGUACUUGUUUAGGCAUAACUUACAUAAUUAGUAAAAUAAA